AUGGCUGACGGCGAGGACAUCCAGCCCCUUGUUUGUGACAAUGGAACUGGCAUGGUCAAGGCUGGUUUUGCUGGUGACGAUGCGCCAAGGGCUGUUUUCCCAAGCAUUGUUGGGCGUCCCCGUCACACUGGUGUGAUGGUUGGCAUGGGGCAGAAAGAUGCGUAUGUUGGUGAUGAGGCCCAGUCCAAGAGGGGUAUCCUGACUUUGAAGUACCCGAUCGAACAUGGUAUUGUUAGCAACUGGGAUGACAUGGAGAAGAUCUGGCACCACACCUUCUAUAAUGAACUCCGUGUUGCACCUGAAGAGCACCCCGUGCUGCUGACCGAAGCCCCACUCAACCCCAAGGCUAAUAGGGAGAAGAUGACCCAGAUCAUGUUUGAGACCUUCAAUGUUCCUGCCAUGUAUGUCGCCAUCCAGGCCGUGCUUUCCCUGUACGCCAGUGGACGUACAACUGGUAUUGUAUUGGACUCUGGCGAUGGUGUCAGCCACACCGUGCCAAUCUAUGAAGGUUAUGCUCUUCCUCAUGCCAUCCUGCGUCUCGACCUUGCUGGGCGUGACCUGACUGACAGCCUUAUGAAGAUCCUCACUGAGAGAGGUUACUCCUUUACCACCACUGCCGAACGGGAAAUUGUAAGAGACAUCAAGGAAAAGCUCGCAUACGUGGCUCUUGACUACGAGCAGGAGCUGGAGAGCGCCAAGAGCAGCUCAUCUGUGGAGAAGAGCUAUGAGCUGCCCGAUGGUCAGGUGAUCACCAUUGGGGCAGAGAGGUUCAGAUGCCCUGAGGUCCUCUUCCAGCCUUCCUUCAUUGGUAUGGAAGCUCCUGGCAUCCAUGAGACCACCUACAACUCCAUCAUGAAGUGCGACGUGGAUAUCAGGAAGGACUUGUAUGGUAACAUUGUGCUCAGUGGUGGCACGACCAUGUUCCCUGGUAUCGCGGACCGUAUGAGCAAGGAGAUCACUGCCCUUGCCCCGAGCAGCAUGAAAAUCAAGGUGGUAGCACCGCCUGAGAGGAAAUACAGUGUCUGGAUAGGAGGAUCCAUCCUUGCCUCCCUGAGCACCUUCCAACAGAUGUGGAUCUCAAAGGCUGAGUACGACGAGUCAGGACCCGCGAUUGUUCACCGGAAGUGCUUCUAA